CCAACAUGGCCUCGGAGGGAUGUUGACGUGCGUUCAGCUCUCGUGCAUUUUAAGUGAAUUUUGUGUUCGUAUUUAGAUUUUUUACCUUAAUGCACCCUAAGGUAGUGGAUUAGGGAUACGUCUACCCAUUGGUGCUCCGAGUGGGUAAGGUUAAAGAGCAGAUCCUAAUAAAUAAGUGUGUGAAAUACCAUAUGCCAAGCCCCCCUGCGUAAGGCGAGUGUUGUGACGCAAAAUAUUGAAGAAAAACUAUUUUGAAUCGGAACGUUUUGUUGAUUAACUAUUUUGUAGGGAUUUUGUGACGGUGAAUUGUGAAAAAGAGUGUUGGAGAAACCAUGGAAGACUCGAGCGAGGUGCUUGUGUGUGCUGCCGAAUAUAUUAAAGAUCGGCUCUACUUCGUGACCCUCCGAACCACGGGCCGCCCUCGCUCCACCGCCAACACCCACUACUUUUCCAUUGACGAUGAGCUGGUCUAUGAGAGCUUCUACGCCGACUUCGGUCCUCUCAACCUGGCCAUGCUGUACCGCUACUGCCAGAAGCUCAACAAGAAGCUAAAGUCCCUGUCCCUGGCCAAGAAGAAGAUCGUGCACUACACGACGCUGGACCCGCAGAAGAGAGCCAACGCAGCCUUCCUCAUCGCCGCCUAUGCCAUAAUUUACCUUAAAAAGACCCCCGAGGAAGCAUACAAGCCACUGGUGGGCGGAAACAGCCCGCAGUUCUGUCCCUUCCGAGAUGCCGCGUAUGGGAUGUCGACGUACCAUCUCACGCUGCUCGACUGUCUGCAUGCGAUCGACAAGGCCUUCAAAUUGGGCUUCUUCAACUUCGAUGACUUCGAUGUCGACGAGUAUGAGUAUUACGAAAAAGUGCAAAAUGGCGACUUCAAUUGGAUCAUGCCAGGUAAAUACCUCGCUUUCUGCGGACCGCAUGCCGAGAGCAAGAUCAAGAAUGGAUACACACUCCAUUCCCCCGAGACUUACUUCAGCUAUUUCCGCAAGCAUAAUGUGACAACCAUAGUGAGACUCAACAAAAAGAUUUACGACGCUUCAAGGUUCAAGAAUGCAGGCUUUGAACAUUAUGAUAUGUACUUUAUUGAUGGAUCGUGUCCUUCAGAUGAAAUCAUGAGGGAAUUCUUGCGCGUCAGUGAAAAUACUGAUGGAGCUCUUGCUGUUCACUGUAAAGCUGGCUUAGGGCGUACAGGAUCCCUCAUUGGUUGCUACAUGAUGAAGCACUUCAGAUUCACAGCAGCAGAGUCUAUUGCCUGGUUACGUAUCUGCAGGCCAGGCUCCAUUAUUGGGGGGCAGCAGCAAUGGCUCACUUCGAAACAGUCUUCACUGUGGCUAGAAGGAGACAUAUUCAGAGCACGCAACAAAAAUCAAAACUUGAACAAGAAAUUCGACUUUGGAAUUUAUAGCAUUGCUUGGAGGGACCACUUGGCCAACAUGCGGAAUAAUCAGAACAAAAACAACUGCAAGAAUGACAAUAAAAAGAAACUGGUCAAUGGAAACGCAUCAGAAGAUGAUGUGGAUCGUGAGGAAAAUGUCCAAGUUGUGCUAAGUGGCGUUGACUUGUUGAAGUUAGAUGAUCAAACUUCACAAACAGAUAAUCAUGACAAGUACAUCGAGGAUGUUGCAAAUAGUAAUGCAGACAGUAAAGAUUCCGAGACUCGACUUAUAAACGGGCUUUCACAAGGUGAUCGCCUAAACCAGCUGAAAGCUUCACGAACCCAUGCCCGUUCUGCCACAACUGGACGAGUACACCUUGAGGACAAAGCUCACGUGCGUACCAAGUCCACGCCCCUGGGGAGUGGAGGCAGUGGUAGUGGUGGUGGUGGGCGAGAUGCUGUGCUGUCUCCCCUGAAAGCUGGCAAGGUCUCCACCAUCACCACAGCCUACAGAGACACUGCUCGUAGGCCUAUGCGAUCCACUACCACAGCCACAAGCAAGAGCAAACUCCCAGUCUAUCGCGUAGUAAAGGGGAUAACAAAUACCGAACCUCAAAUACACUUGCCAGCAGGUCCACGAAAGCUGCCCUUGUCAGAUGACUACCAAUACUGCCCACCUCGAAAAGCAAGAACAGUAAGAAAAGCCCAGAGAACAUCUCAUCCCCAUCAUCAGCAUCCUCAAACACAGACACCACCAACAACUCCACCGGCAACAAGACUACUUCUAAGAAAUCGCGAAGUUCUUCCUUCGGCAAGCUUAGUGCCACCAAGAACUCCUCCGCCAACUCCAACUCACCCAGCAAGUCGGAAGCUGCCUCCUCCAACUCCAAUAAUGAUAAAGAGUCGGAUACCGCACUCAACACCAGCGACAAAGAGGAUAAAGUCGUGUCCGGCACUUCCUCUCCCGAGAGAAAGAGUACCUCAGCGGAGCUCAGGAACUCUUCCAAGACUUCCAAAAGUUCUUCCAAGUCUUGGUCAGUUGAGGUUGUGUCAGAGAACCGGAGUAGAGGGGAGGGCAAAGUGUCUCGAUCUGCUCCCCCAGAGCUGAGGAAGGCUGCUAGUGUUGAAGGUAGAGGGAGUAAGAUUAGCACAGGAACUAGUCUGCGGAGAUCGGGUAGAGGAGCAAACAGGAGUGAGCUAGGGGUGAGGAGAAGUAAUGGCCUUAAAAAGCGAUCUCACAGUCCAUCAAAUCGGGAGCCUGGAAGAAGCCUCAAGACACGCAAGUCACGAAGUCGAGUCACUAGUCCAGAACCAGUUGGAAGUGAUAAUUCUGAAAGAAGCAAAGCUGAUAAGAACAAAGAUAUUGGUAGCAAAAAGAAAGCACAGACACAAAUAACUGAGUACUACACUAUCCGCAAAGAAAAGAGUACAUACAAAGUGAUCAGAACUCUUCCAGACGAUCCUCCCCUUGAGAGAAGCACACGCACUCGAGCUAGUUGGGAGGAGGAAAAUAAAAGGACGACCAGUGUUGGUGCUGUUACCACGCGGUGCUCCCGCCACAUUCCUGAUGAGUAAGUCAUAGUCCUUUGGUGUAGUAGCGGCACAAAAUUUAUAACUUACCCCAUGAGUGAUAGGAGGAGCAAGGCUCUGUAUAGUAGUAAUAAUGCACUAGAGUGUAAAAAAAAAAAAAAAAAUCAUAAUAAAAAAAAUGACAAUGGAAGAAAUACUCUCAUGAUUGUAGGUCUUGGGAUAAUUUUUCAUAUUAGAUAAGAGCCUAACAUAAGUGUGCCUGAUGUGUGAUAGGUAAGUUCUGUGCCAUGUCCUCAUAUUGGUGUACAAAUUAUAUAUAGGUUUGAGAAUUUGUGCUAGAGUAUCUCAAGUGGUUCCUUGGCUAAAGAACCUCAACCAAUAAAUCAUAAAGUACCUUGUAUACAGUAAAAUUACAUGCAGUUUUGCUUGUUGCCAGUAUAGUUUGGUGUAAAAAUGAGAGCGUUUGAAAAUUAAUUAUUUUCAAAGAUUUUUUUAAAUAUGGGCUGCUAGUGGUGGGCAGUUAUUGACAUUUUCUUACAAGUUUUCUCUAUUCUGUACAUACAUUUUAGUCCUGAAAUGCAUGAUAGAAACCCUAGGUCGGCUCACGCUUGGUGUUAAGUGUAACAGGACGAUCUAGGUUGAGAUGUAUGUAGUCCUUUCUCUGAACCAAGGUUCUCUUUUAGUCAAAUUGUGAAACUAAUUGAUGUAUUCAGAUAUUCAUGAUGAAGUUAUAAUAUCAUUUUAUAUAUACAUUAAUCCAUCAUUUUAUGGCAAAGAAAUUUUUUAGGUGCAUUUCAAAGAAAGAGUUAGGUUAAUAUUCAUAUCAUACUUUUUGGGGAAUAUCUUUGUGUACAAAGUAUAUUUUUUGUAUAUAAAAAAGAUUGAAAUGUCAAACAAGUGCUAUAUUUCACACAACAGAUACUAGGUACAUAGUUCAUUUGACAACUAAGGAUUUAGAACUUUCAAAUUCUUUAAAAUGAAUUACCAUAAUUUAGAUCCUUGUUCUACAAGGUUUACUCAAUAAUUGUAUAAAGAGACAUUUAGUACUUUAUUUUUCUUUCUGAGAUGGGACUAAAGCAAAUGUUAAGAUGAAGAUGCAUUUUUAGGGAGGGGGAAAAAAACUCAAUUUUUAAAGAGUAGUUUUAUCAAACAUUGCAAAUGUGGAAGGGAGAAAAAAACUUUUUUUUUUUUUUUUUCUAAAGUGAUAUAAUGUCAGUCAUAAAGUCCAUGAACUCUACCUCAAAGGACUUGUUUGCCAUAUAUAUUAUAUUUUGAAUGGAAAAAAAAAA